ACGCCGCCGCCAGGUACCUGUGGGGUGAGAGGGAGGGCGAGACCCCCGGCGUCCCGCGAGGAGCCCUGCCCUGCUCUCGGCCUCAUCCUUCCUGCUCACUCGCGGUGCAGAGGUGCGGGUGUGGACUGUUAACCUGUGUUGGGUGUUUCUUCUUCUCGUGGCUUUACUCCCCGGUAAGAACGACGGGGUCGUCACGGGCUUUGGCUCGUGCCUGUCCAUAGGGAAGCUGCGUGCCCCAAAUGCAGAGAAAUUGUGCUCAGGGGCCCCUCACGCUGAUUUUGCUUUACAGGCUGUUGUAGAUGCUCAUGUGACGCUCCUUGGUGAAGAUACAGGUGCUGGCAAUGUCGCCCCAGGGGCUCGCCGCGCUGCUCUGCAGAGAAGGGGACCAGCACCUCGCCCAGCAGGAGCUGCCCACAGCCACGGCUUUCUACGUGGCCGCCUUCAGCUGCAGUGCUCCCACAGCCCUGCAGAAAGUGAACUCCUUGGAGAACGGGCUCUGGGAGAGAGUGAUUGCCACCUUGGAGAUGUGGUGCAGGGGUAAGAGCCAGAUUCCCAAGAUCCAGAGCAAGAACGUGGCCAUCGCGUCGCUCAGAGUGGAAAUAGCUGCUGUCUUUCUCUCCACCCUAAGUCCUGACAACGUGCUGUCCUCAAUAUAUAAACUGGAGGCCCUGCUCAGGCUGGGAUGCUCAGAGGAGGUGGUGAGCAAAUGCAGUGUUCUGCUCAAGGCUCACCCGAAGUAUUCAGUAGAACUGCUGCUGCUCAGGGCGUUGGCAUGGGUGCUGUCGGGGACACAGAUUAGGAAGGGAGUUGCGGACUACAUCCAAGUGUUUGUGAGACAUCAGGCUGAGGCAGUGGCCUACGUGUGUACCAGGCAAAAAGAACACCUGCCACAGAUCGUCCAGGCCUUCUCUAAUUUUCUCUCAACGUAUCAGAAAGAAAGCCCAGAUGGCAGUUCCUUGGACCACUGGCUGGGCAAUUGCUAUGCCUUCUUGUCUGCAGUGGCACCAGGUGAUAUCUGGGUUUGCAGAGCGCAGGCAGCUUACCUCUUUAAGAAAAGCAAAUUUGAGGAGUGUGUGGCAGUUUGUAGCAAGGCCCUUAGGGGACUGUCAGUAGAUAAUAGUCUCAGAGACGAGAAAAUGCUGGGUCUGCUCUUGGAACGGGCUGCCGCAUAUUUCUUCUUGGGUGGCCGGAUGCAGGAAAUGAUGCAGGAUUUAGCAGAAGCCUUUGCAGCAACCCCUGACCUGGCAAUGAAGCACUUUGAAGAGCUUUUCUCACCACCUGACACUGAGAAGAUAGAAGAACAAGCUAGAACUGUCCUGGAAGUGAAGUUUGCAGCAUACAGGGAGGCUGUGCGUGCUCGGGCAGAACUCAGAAGCAAUCGCUGUACUGAACUGCUCCCUUCUGUAAUCCAAACAGUGCUUUUCCUCCUGCGUAUCUCCCCGAGGUCCAAACGUGAGCUCAGUGUCCGGCUGGCAGACUGCCAUCUCCUGCAUGGACACAUCAGAGGUGCCUUGGAAAUCUGUGACCAGCUCCUGGCAGCAGAGCAGAAAACUUAUCACAAUACUCUCCUAGCAUUGCGAGGAUUCUGUGCCCUCCAUUCCCAUGAUCAUCAGCAAGCCCUGCAGGACUUUCAAAAGGUCAUUGAGCAUGAUUCCCCACAUCCUAACAGCUGUAUUAAAGCCUUAUGUGGACGUGGGCUUAUCCGGAUUUCUGGUGGCAGCCAUUACUUGACAGCCCUGGAUUACAUCACAGCUUGCCAGUUAAAGCUAGAAGAAACCAUCUUCACCAUCAAGGCCUAUGUGCCGUGGAACCAAAGAGGAUUGCUGCUCAAGGUUCUCCAGGAAGAGGGACAGAAGAUGCUCCAGAAGAAGAGGUACCCAGGAGGCAGUUCAGCCUGUGGACAGAAAAACAAACACAAUGAAGGGGUUCUGUUAUUAUUAUUAGCAUUUUAUCUGAAAGUUGUCUUUUUUUUUUUUCUUUCUUCUUUUUUUUUUUUCUUCAGGGAUCCCCUCGGGGUUUACCAGCUGGCUUCUCUCUUGAUGGAACUGGACCCUUCUGAUGAAGCAUCACGGAUCCUUUGUGCCGAUGCUCUGUACCAGAUGGGCUGGGUAGAAGAAGCUCACAAGCUGCUCUCAUUAGCACUCUCCAGAAAUCCACAAAGAUCUCCCAUCCUGGCUAGACUCGCACUUCUGCAAUUAAAGAAAGGUUUCGUGUACGAUGGCAAUCAGCUGCUAAAGAAAAUGAUCAAAAUUGGGGAUACCUCCUGCCUCCUGCCAAUCAUGGACAUUUUCAAGGAUGAAGACAGGAAGCUGAUGCAAACUCACUGCCGUUCCAGGGCACUGAGCAUCCUGAAGAACAAACGGGAAGAUGCUGAUAUAAAAGAGGCCAUUGCCUAUCUUUCUUUUGCCAUCAUUGCUUCAGGUGGCUAUGCUGAAGAUUGCCUCCUCAUCAGGGCUCAAUGUUAUGGGCACCUCGGUCAGAAGAAAACUGCUAUUUUUGAUUUUAAUGCUGUCUUAAAAGAGGACCCUGGCAAUGUGCAUGCUCUCAGUGGGCGAGGAUUAAUUUACCUUGCUCUAAAGCAGCAAAAGGAGGCAGUGCAAGAUUUGAUCUUGGCGCUGAAGGCAGAGGCAGGAAUGGUAAUCCCAGCAAUCCUGUCUCUAAAGCACGAAGCCCAAGAGCUGGUCGCUCAGUGGCUCCUUCAGCACAGCAGAACUGUGUUAGCUGAGCUUGUUGCUACCAAAGACUUUUCAAAGGAAGAAAGAACCCUCAGAGACCUUCUUGUGAUUGCAGGAGCACUAAUAAAAAUUCGCAAGGAAGCACAGUACCACACCUUCUAUACGGAUGUUUUGAUUGCAAACGGAAGGUAUGAAGAGGCCCUCGUUCACCUUCAGGAGGCAUUUGGGCACUCCUUUGCUGAUGAGGUUGCUAGUGCAAGACUGGCUGUGUUGCAGCUGAAGAAGAGGAACGUGGCAGCGGCAGCUCACUCAUUCAGCAUCCUAGCUAAGAAAGAUGAAAGGGAGCUGGAGUUUCUCCUGAACUUUGUAGAUGCUAAGCAGCAGCAGCAUCUCUCUCAGGUAGCAGCCCAAGAAGGAAAUGUUCUGAUUAAAGGCUACCAUUAUAAGAAAGCUCUUGGUUACUUUACCCUGGCUAUCUUGACAAGCAAAGAUAACCCAAGAUACCUCCGACAGAGGGCUGCUUGCUUUAUGCACCUGAAAAAAUACGACAAAGCUUUAAAAGAUAUGGAGAAAGUGAUCGAGAGGCAUGGCUGUAACAGUCUGAGAACACGAGUUCAGGACCACUGCUCAAAAGCACACCUGCUAUUGUCAGUGUCAGAGGAAGAAGCAGCAGUCAAACAGUAUAUUGAAGCACUGCAAUUGGAUGAAUCCACAGCGCUGUGCAGCAUCACAAAUGGUUCUGGUAGUGAAAACGUAGCAAAAACUUUUCAUAAGAUUGCACAAAGCAGUUUUGAAAUGCAGCAUUAUGAAGACGCCUGGAAAAUCACAGAUUAUGGCCUUAAAAUUGAUCAAAAUAAUCCCGACCUUAAGAAGCUGAAAACAAGACUCAAGCGAGAGGCAUCGGGCUGUAGCAUACAUUAAUGUACUGUGACUGACUGUUUUCUUGUUUGUUUGGGAGGCUGCAAGAAUAAGGGAAGGACGAGAUGCUCAUGAUAAAUGUGCAGUGGGUCACGGCACUGAACGUGGCACAGCAAGACUAGAAGUAAAUAAUAUCAGAGUGAAACAAAACUGACCAACAGAGCUAAUAAGAACAAGGCAAAUGGCAUUAUUCAAUAUUCUUUACAAUCACUGUGGAAGAAA